AUGACUGGUCUCGCCGCACUGGACAAUUCGAAGACAGUACGCAUAGCUUCAGGCUAUUGGGUUCUUACCCUUCCGAGCUUCGGUUGCACACGUUCGAAAUUGAGUUCUGCCAUAGCGGAAGCCGUCGCUCACGGGCCGCAUACGACUGCCAAUUUGCGUGUUCCUGAUUAA